CUUCUUGCUAGGCAAUCAAACGCACCCAACCCUGACACAGCAGCUUUAGGAUGGCCGUGCGAGUGAAUUGCUCAUCACAGGACCCCAUCACCAGACCGGACGCCUACCUUACCUUCCACACUAACAUGGAAGACUUCGAUAUUAGCGACAGCUGCCAUUGGAUCAUAAGAGGAAUGUUCCAGUAGCAUCAGCCUCCGCUUCUCAGCACUUAUUGCAAGUUAAACCCAAGAUCAACUGGCCUACCGUCAACAUCAUACCCGUCUCAGCAUCUUCCUGUGAUCAGCCUUCCUAUACGAUGAUUUUUGUUGUGAACUCGAGUGAAACCGACGCAUCUGAACGCGUUCCAAAGGUCAUGCCCAUCCAUGGCCUGCCGCUUUCCCGGUGGCGCGUCCAGUCCCGAAAGGCUCUGGGAUCUCUGUGCCAACGGGCAGAGUGCCUGGUCUCCGAUUCCGGAAUCUCGGUUUCACGCGGAGAGCUGGUAUCAUCCGGAUAAGGAACAUCUAGGGACAUCAUAUGUGAAAGGCGCGCAUUUCCUAGCGGAGGACAUUUCCCGGUUCGAUGCUGCGUUCUUCAAUCUCACAGCCGACGCGGCCAGCACAAUGGACCCCGAAGUGCGCCUGCAAUUAGAGACCGUCUACGAGGCCCUGGAAAGCACCUGUUUCCGACAUAACCACGACAGCUUAUUGCGCGACCCCGAUACCCUAGCUCGGUCCUUCCUCACGGGCAAUGGCGCGGCAAUGAUCGCGAACCGGAUCUCGCGGUUCUUCGAUCUCCGCGCGCCCAGUCUGAUGGUCGACACCGGGUGUUCGACGACGCUGACGCUGUUGCAUCUGGCAUGUCAGAGUCUCCGAGCGGGCGAGUCAGACAUGGCCAUCGUGGGUGGCUCAAAUAUCCUACUCAACCCGGAUAUGUUCAUUGCCGGAUCAAAUCUCAGCUUGUUAUCGGCGCAAGGGCGCUGCUUCGCCUUCGAUGCUCGAGCCACGGGCUAUGCACGUGGGAACGGAAUUGCCAGUAUGAUCAUCAAGCCCCUGAUAGCGCAGUCCGAGAUGGAGAUCCCAUUCGUGCUUCAGGAGGCACAGGAGGUCUUGAUGCGAGAGUGCUAUGAGAUGGCUGGUCUGGAUCCGCGCGACACCGGUUUCGUCGAAGCCCACGGGACAGGCACGCAAGCGGGCGAUAUCAUCGAAGCUCAUUCAAUUGGGCGCGUGUUUGUGCUCAGACGCAGCACUGAGUGCCCACUUGUCAUCGGCUCGGUGAAGACGAACAUUCGGCAAUACGGAAGCUCCUAG